CGUACAAACCUCGUGCCAAUUUCGCGAAUCAGAAAAUGCCAUAUCCUAAACCAAAUGCUCGAAGGAGAGCGUAUAGGCCAAAGACGACCUGCGGUUGCAAGACAUGCAAGAUAAGGAAAAUCAAAUGCGACGAAUCGAAACCUCACUGCCACCGCUGCACUUCGACGGGCCGGAAAUGCGACGGGUAUGCAUCCGCUAUACCGUCUUCCGCACCGCCAAUGAAUCGUAUCGGACGAACAACGGGGCUGUUCUCACGUGUAGAGUCCACUGGAUUGCUAUGCAGGACCGAUUUCUCGUCUGCUCGACCCGCCAUGACACAUGUGUUGACAGGACAGCCCGAACUGGAGAAUGACCACACGGUCCACACCAAGCGCAUCACCCUGCGCAAACCUGCAGGCAAACGCGCAUCUACGAGAGAAAUAUCCUGUACAAUCUCGUCUCUUGGCCUUCACUUCGAGCUGUCUUCUCCCGAGGAGCGCUCUUCCUUCCACUUUUACGAAACCUACGCUUCGCGCGAGCUCCCAGGGUUCUUCACAUCAACGUUUUGGACUCGUGAGCUGCUGAUUGCCGCACGUUAUUUCCCUGCAAUUCGUCACGCUAUUGUAGCUGUGGGUGCCAUGUAUCGACGAUACAUAGCAGGAUACGUCACUAGCGAGUCAACGAGCAAAGUCUCGUUCUCGUUCGAAGAGCACCGUCGUGAUAGUGUAGAGAUACAGUCGUGCUACGGCUACGACGAAAUUCUGGCGGAAAAUGACUUGAAAUUUGCUCUGAGACAGAGCAAUCGGGCAAUUCGAGAGAUAGUAUCUCAUGAAAGCACAGCAGGUAGUAGAGUUGACAAAGUAUUAGUGCUGACGUUGUGCAUCUUGUUCAAUUGCAUGGCUUGUCUGCAAGGUCGGUAUCAAGAAGCGCGACAACAUUUACGCAGCGGACUUAAACUUCUCCGGGAAAUCGACAAAGAGAUGGAAGAAGAGAUGCCCAGCUGUUCGGCAGUGAUCGAAAAAGUAGAGCAUCCUGUUCGGAUUAGAAGUCUGAGAAUUAUCUUGAUAGGACUGGACUUACAAGCCCGGGGCUUGAUGAGAAACCAUGUGGAGAGACAAGAUUGGGAGCAGCCCUUGAAACACGGGAUGAAUAUGUCAAAAUUCGAUCAUAAUGAUUUAGGUGGGCUGGAUUUGGAGGAUGCGCAGCUCCACUUGUCCAGCACUCUGAAUGCAUUCAUGGCCUGGUUCCAAAGCCUCGAACAACCAGGACCAUCUGUAUCGGACUCAGAUAUGGUUCCCAUUACACAGAAGUUUUACAAACUCAAAUCGCAGGCUGAAGAAGGAGCGAGAUUGCUAGAAUCAGUUCUCUCGAGAUCUGAAGAGGCCACUGCUAAUGUAGCUGGAUACAAAUCGGCCAGUACUGCGUUGCGCCUCCUCCAUGCAGCGGUCGAUCUCAGUGUCAAGGCCUUUGAAGUGCGACGUCUGGAGAAUUCAAUAGAAGAAGAAGCUGAGAUUUUCGACCAAAGCAAUCCCUUCAAGGGAAUGAUGGAGAUGCUUGAAGAUCUUCUUGGUCCUGGAUCUGAAGCACUAUCGAGUUCAAAGUCUGAGUGCUUCCCACAUCCGACAAACAAACAACCGGUCUUCUCCUUCAAUUCCGGCAUACUUUUCACUCUGUGGUGGAUUUUCCAGCAAACCCUUUCUACACCACACAGGAUGAAAGCUAUCUCAAUGAUGUUGAUGUAUCCUCGACGAGAAGGGUUUUGGGAUGGUCUCAUCGCUGGGAAGAUUGCUUGGGAAGCUGUGCGUCUUGAACAACAGAGUGUUCGCGAUGAGCUCGGCGUAUCUGGGGGAUCUGGCCAGCUCGUCGUACCUGAGCAUCUCAGGAUCCGAAACAUUGACAUAGAAUACUUGGGAACUACCGGAGCGAAGGUUGAGUACAGGAAUGUGAGAACAGUGAAACAAGGGGGGAGUGGCUGGGAGAGAAUCAUGAAUUGGGGACCUUGA